AUGGUAAGUGGAACGGGCCCAGCACCGAAUCAGGCCGACACUGUCGCAUUCUGGCGCGGCCUGUGGUCCGAGCCCGUAAACCACAGCGAGGGCUCUUGGACGGAAGCUGUGGCGAAUGAGUGUGCGAGUAUUACGCCUAUGGACCCCGUCGUCAUAACGCCGGAUGACGUAGUCCGCGACUCGACGGGCUGCAUCACUACUGGCUGA